AUGGCGGAGGGCGAUUCUCCUAUCUCGGACCACUUGGAUCUCCCAGAAUCCCCCUCUCAAAUAAUCGGCAGGCACAGAAACCGCCUCGUGAACAUUAUUAAGCAGAAUGACAUCCCUCAACUCUGUCAAUUCAUCGCCUCAUGCUCUCCCGAGGAUGUGAUUGCCCCUGGGACACCCUACUUGGAGGACACCUUGUUCAAUGCAGCCUCUUACGGCAGCCCCGAGGCUCUUCGCAUCCUCUUGGAGGUGUACACUGCGGCCCCGGAAGUGGUCGAGAGAUUCAAUCCCAAGUUCCGUCUGCUACUCGACGCAUGUAGUGCGGCCAAUGUUGAUGUGGUGCGCUUUAUUUUGGACAGCCAUGACAGUCCAGAGAAUCGGUUACCACUCGGGACGGUGGAUUUGCAUCAGAGAGAUGACUCCGGAGAUACGCCGAUCCUUGCGGCUACGGGGUCGCUGAUGUAUCUUGAGAAAGAUGCCGAUGAAUUAGAAAAUGAGGGUCUCGAUUGCAAUGAGUGGGUUCAGAAUCGGAUUGCGCAGAGCCAUCAGUUGGUUAAUCUCCUUCUCGACCGGGGCUGUUCAGCGGCAGAUGUUAUUCCCCCUUUGCCAAAUGAUCUCUCUCCUUGGGGGAGUCAGGUGCGAGACAGUGUGCUUGGGUUUGCUGUGUCAAGGGCCAAUGGUCCAUUAAUUCAACGGCUCAUUGAUGCCGGUGCCGAUAUCUACCUCAAGCAUCAACACCUUCAUCAUGCCAGGGUGCCGUUCCAGUCCAGGGUCAGAAAUAGUCGCGCAUAUGAUGUCACGACGCUCCAUCUGGCAAGUUUCUUCUACAAUCCUGAGGCUGUUAAAUUGCUCCUGAGUGAUCAAAGUUCCAAGAAUAAUGCCAACCCUGAGCUGGCUUCCUCCUGCGACAGUGAUGGGCGGCUCCCACUUCAUUGGGCAGCUAGUGGCCCUGGAGGAUUUAACUGUAGACUCAUGGAGAAGCAGCUCAAAAUCACAGAGACCCUUCGACUGCUCCUCGACCAUGAUUCUACUAGUAUCAACCUUGUUGACAACACUGGAUCCACGCCGCUGCACUAUGCUGCUAUAAGCCACGCUAUGUGCGGUUGUAGCCAGCAUGCUGAGCUUGCUAUCCGGACUUUACUCGAAUACAGGGCUGAUCCUGGAAUCCCCGAUGGCUCUGGCCGUACCAUCCUACACCUAUUGGGGUACCACUCCCAUCAAGGUGACCCCGUUGAGACCACGCUCCUGGAUUUAAUCCUUUCGCACAGUGCCGAUAUCAAUCAUGCCGAGAAUAACGGGAAAACAGCAUUGCACAUCUUUGCUCAGAAUUUGCGGCAGGUCUCGGCAGCAAAGUUCUUAAUUGAGCACGGGGCGGAUUUCCGGGCUCGGAAUACCGUCCGAGAGACGCCAUUUCAUACGGCAGCGCGGGGAUUCCUGAGUGAUUAUGUACGCCGUGAUGGAAGGGAUAAGGAAGUGACAACUGCGAACAAGAUCAGACUUCAGGAUGAAAUGAUGCGUGCUCUGAAGGAGGCUGCUGGGGAGGAUACUGCUAUGUUGAUGAGCCAGCCAAACGUGGAGGGUAAAACUCCGCAGGACUUACUGGAGGAGACCAGAAGACGGUGGCAGGGAAUGAAUUACCCCAUGUCAGGCCCUGGAAGAGGCAGAGGUAGAGGCAGAGGGCAGCUAGUAGAAGCAUAA